AUGAACCAAAAAAUGUCAACUCUUGUUAUUUUCCCUUUAGCUCUCUUGCUAUUCAUCUUCUUGUUCAAAAAACACAAAAUAUCAUCUAAGAAACCAACACUUCCACCCGGUCCCAAAGGCCUUCCUUUCAUUGGAAACUUACACCAACUUGAAAGUUCAUCUCUAGGUCUAAACUUCCAUGAACUCUCAAAAAAAUAUGGUUCUUUAGUUUUCCUCAAACUUGGUUCAAGGCCAACACUUGUUGUUUCUUCAGCUAAAAUGGCUAAACUAGUUAUGAAAACACAUGACAUCGAUUUCUGUAACAGACCCGCUUUAACCAGUCUUAUGAAACUCUCUUAUGACGGAUUAGAUCAAUUCUUUGCACCAUAUAGAGAAUAUUGGAGACACACUAAAAAAAUCUCAUUCAUCCAAUUUCUUAGUGUCAAAAGAAUAGCAAUGUAUUAUUCAGUUAGAAAAUACGAGGUGACUCAAAUGAUGAAGAGGAUAUCAGAACAAUAUGUGCCUUCCAACAAACCUGUCAACCUGCAAAGUCUUCUUAUGUGUCAUGCAAGCGCGAUCGUUUGUAGGACAGCGUUCGGGAGAAGGUUUGAAGAGGAAGGAACCGAGCGAAGCAUGUUUCAAGAUCCGCUUAGAGAAGUGCAGGCAUUGAUGAUUGCAUUCUUUUACACAGAUUAUUUGCCUUUUCUUGGAGGGAUUAUUGAUAAGGUUACUGGAAUGAUGGCCCGUCUUGAGAAAUUGGCUAAGUUUUUGGAUGGAUUUUAUCAGAGUGUUGUUGAUGAACAUCUUGAUCCUGAAAGGCAGAAGUUGCCUCCACAUGAAAAGGAUGUUGUUGAUGCUUUGAUUGAUUUGAAGAAUGAUCCUUACUGCUCAAUGGAUCUCAGUGCCGAACACAUCAAACCCUUGAUCAUGAAUAUGUUGUUGGCGGCAACAGACACUGUUUCGUCUGUGACAGUUUGGGCUAUGACAGCGCUAAUGAAGAAUCCAAGAGUGAUGAAAAAAGUACAAGAAGAGAUUCGAAAAGCAUAUCAAGGGAAGGGAUUUAUAGAGGAAGAAGAUGUUCAAAAUCUUCCAUAUCUCAAAGCAGUUAUAAAAGAAUCAAUGAGAUUAUACCCAAUAUUGCCGAUACUUUUCCCAAGAGAAACCAUGAAAGAGAUCGAAAUCGAAGGGUACACAAUUCCUAACAAGACAUUAGUGUACGUGAGCGCUUGGGCGAUUCAUAGAGAUCCAGAAACAUGGGAGAAUCCAGAAGAGUUUUAUCCAGAGAGAUUUCUAGGAAGUGAUAUAGAUUUCAAAGGACAAGAUUUCGAGCUGAUUCCCUUUGGUUCGGGGCGAAGAAUUUGCCCCGGCUUAAACAUGGGGGUUGCUACUGUGGAGCUUUUCCUUGCUAAUCUUUUAUAUUCGUUUGAUUGGGAAAUGCCCGAAGGAGUAAAGAGGGAAGAUAUAGAUGUUGAUGUUCAUCCAGGACUUAUUCAACACAAGAAAAAUCCUCUGUGCCUUGUUGCUAAGACUAGAAUUGCAUGUGUGUGA